AUGUCUGCACAGCCCCAGGAGAUCACGAGGGUGAUCGACCAGUACAUUCCGAGCGAGAAGGUCGUUUACGAUCACAAGGUGGUGCCGGUGCCUCUUCCCUCCCCGCCUGCCAAGGAGGUGAUACACAAGGUCUAUGUGACAUCCCAUGCCUACGACUGCGAGAAAGGCUACAGUGACUUCAAGCACCAGUGGUCCCAGACUCACCAGCGCUAUUGCUGCUUGGUGCUUUCUUUGGAGUUGCAAGCCUCCAUGGGAUGCAAAGGCCGAAUCUCUAGCUGA